AUGGGCAACACAGUUGAGUUGUUCAAAAAUAGCGACAACAUCUGGAGAGCAAGAAGGAGACUGGACCUCUGCGAGGAAUCUAAAUUUCGCACGCUUAUUGCUUCUAAGACGGAACUAGCACGCUUAAUCAUACAAAGUGCUCACGAGAAGUACCACAUCGGGAUUGCUCAUACCAUGUCAAAGGUAAGGCAAUCGCUCUGGAUUCCGCGCCUGCACCAGGAAGCUCGUAGUCUCGUCAAUCGAUGUGUUAGGUGCAGAAGAUUGAACGCAGCAUCGUACCAGUACCCCGCCAUGACGGACUUAUAUGCAUAUAUGCAUUCUACUAUAGUCUACUUAUAUGCAUGUCGGGUGCAUAAAAGUCGGCCGUUUGAGCAUAUCGGAAUGAAUUUUCGCGACCUGCCUGGGGUACAGAAUGGAAGCUCCAUUUCGAAAGCUCACGGAUGUAUAUUCACUUGA